AUGUGGAGAGCGACAGGGGACUACCGCGCGCUGAACGGCAAGACCAAGCCAGACCGCUACCCGCUGCCACACAUCCACAGCAUCAGCACCCGUCUCCAUGGGAUGCGUGUGUUCUCCAAGGUGGACCUGCUGAGAGCCUAUCACCAGAUCCCUAUGUCGCCACAGGAUGUGGAGAAGACGGCUGUAACGACACCAUUCGGCGCGUACGAAUACGUGUUCAUGCCGCUGGGCCUGCGGAACAGUGGGGCUACAUUCCAGCGUGUGAUGGACCAGCUGUUCCGCCAGGUCAGCUGCGUCUUCGUCUACCUGGAUGACGUCCUGAUCUUCUCGCCAGACGCAGAGCAGCAUCACAAGGACCUUCAGACCGUCCUCGGCAUCCUCCAUCGACACCGGCUAAGGAUCUCGCUGGACAAGUGCGACUUCUUCAAGCCGCAGGUGGUCUAUCUAGGCCACACCGUCUCCGCCGAGGGGCUCCGGCCGCCAGACGCCAAGAUCGAGGAGAUCGCGGAUCUGCCGACUCCACCGGACUCCACAGCACUCCGCCGAUUCCUCGGGAUGGUCGGGUUCUUCCGCCGGAUGAUCCCACACUUCGCCGAGAUCGUCCACCCGCUGACAGAGCUGAUGAAGCACAACCAGAAGAGCACCAACCUCCCGUGGACCGAGACGGAGCUCGCCGCCUUCACAGACAUCAAGGAGGUGGCAGCCGGUGCAGCUCUGUACCAGAUCGCGGACGGUCAGCCUGUCCCCGUCGGCUUCUUCUCCAAGAAGCUCAGCGACCAGCAGAGGCGAUACUCAACAUACGACCGCGAGCUGCUGGCCGCCUACCUGGCCGUGCUUCACUUCCGUCACCUGUUGGAAGGUCGUGUCGUCGCGCUCUUCACUGACCACCGGCCGCUCACCACCGCGUUCCUCAGCCCGCAGACGGCCAAGUCGGACCGUCAGCAGCGGCACUGGAGCGUGAUCUCCGAGUACGUCUCCUCCGUCCAGUACGUGCGCGGGGCUGACAACGUGGUCGCUGACUGUUGGAGUCGCCCUGUGACCCCCGACGCCCUCAGUCCGCCCGACCAGAGCUCCGAGACCUCGCCACCGACAGGAUCACUCCUGACCACACUGGGCAGCGCGGCUACCGCGCCCGUCGGUGCGGGUGCGCGCCCUGAGUCGCCUCCGGUCACCGUACCGGACGGGCGCGCGCGCGCCCUGUGCCGCCUCCGGUCGCCGCACCGGUCGCCGCGCGCGCGCAGCACCGCCGCCGACACUGGCAUGACCCCGGUGACUGCUGCGCCGCACCCGGCCACCGAGUCGCUGGCGGCUGCCGCGCCACCGAGCACCACGCCUACAGCGUCAGUGAACGCCGCCACCGUGGACGCCGCCGACCUGCACGCCAUCGCCGAGGCUCAGAGGGACGACCAGGAGACAGCUGCCUACUCGGACCGGCUGACACCCUUCCCGUUGUCAGCUGAUCUCACCGUCCUCUGUGAUACCACUCUGACACUUCCCAGGCCGUUUGUCCCAGUCCCCCUCCGCACUCAUGUGUUCGAACAGGUGCACAGCCUCGCUCAUCCUGGUGUCAAGGCCUCCCUUCAGCUGGUCAAGUCGCGCUACUUCUGGCCCGACAUGGACCGCUGUAUCCGCCGCGACAGGUUCGAGACCAUCCACAUAGACAUUGUCGGUCCUCUGCCGCCAUCAAUCCCUCACGGUGAGUCUCACCUCCCGUGUCGGUACCUCCUGACGUGUGUUGACCGUUCCACCCGCUGGCUGGAGGCGGCCCCUAUCGCCGACAUCUCAGCAGCCACCGUCGCAGCCGCCUUCAUGGACGUCUGGGUGGCCCGGUUUGGUGUGCCGCUGCACGUCGUCACCGACAGAGGUACUCAGUUUGAGUCCGCCCUCUUCCGACAACUGGCCGAGAUCCUCGGCUUUCACCGCCUGCGGACAACGGCGUACCACCCCAAGACCAACGGCAUGGUGGAGCGUCAGCAUCGGACGCUGAAGUCAGCCAUCAUCGCCAGCAAGAAACAGUGGUUACAAGCACUACCUGUGGUCCUCCUGGGCAUCCGGGCGGCCAUGAAUGAGACUGGCUAUGCGCCGUUCACUGCCGUCACCGGGGGCAUGCUGUUGCAGCCCCGGAUAAGAGUGGACCGGCAGCCUGCUCCGGACGGCGCCGCCGAGACCGUCGGGGAGCUGGCCCGCCGACUCGCCAGGACAGACUUCCUCUCGCCGUCUGAAGGCAGCCACCAUGGACUGACCCAGCCGCACAUGCCGACCGACCUCUCGACGUGUUCACACGUCUGGCUGCGGGUUGACCGCGUGCGCCGCCCUCUGGAGGCGCCUUAUAUCGGCCCUCUGCGCGUCCUCAGGCGAUGGGAUCGCUGGUACCAGCUGGAGCUGCCGUCGGGGAAGAGUGACACCGUCUCGGUCGAGCGGCUCAAGCCAGCAUACCUACCGCAGUCACCGCCGCCGGCGCUGCACCGCCUGUGCACGCUUCAUCAUCGCCGCCAGCGGAGCCGGACCGUGCUGACGUAG